AACCUGAACUUCUUGACUCUGUCAAACUACACAACACUGCCGCGUAAUCAUGGUGCUGUCAGUGAUCGCAUCCCAACUAAUGGAAAUUUCUCUGCUGGAGCUUGGAACAUCACCACUCUAUAUAGUACUACAAGUACGUUUCAAGCGGUUCUGAUCACCAAUGGGACGGACUCCUAUGCAGUGUUCAUCUAUGAGUGUGGAGGGAUGGAGUGGGGUGGGGCCGAGAUAGGCUGGCAGGCUCCCAGACUCUACGGCAAUAACAAUGUCCAGGAAGCUCACUACCUCAGUGGUAGUGUUGAGUCAGCUGAUAUUGGGUGUCUCUAUUCCAGCAACCACAGUGCCAUUGUCUACAGACUAUAUAGAGCAUGUGAAGCUUUUGAUUGGUUGUGUGACUAUGGCACUUGUGUGGCUGGGCAAAAGAGGUGCGACGGGUAUCGUGACUGCAGAGAUGGUACUGAUGAACAAGAAUGUGAAAACAGAGCAUCUGCUAGUAAGAAAGUUGUCCACGACUAA